UUGUAUUAAUGGCAAUAUAUUAGUCAAAUAUAGUGAUUGGUUUCAUUCAAUAAUUAAUAAUCAAAUAAUGGUUUCGGAGUUUAUUUUAUCAAAACUAUUAUUCAUUUCACAUUAAAUAUCAAUUCAAUUAUAAUUUUUAAUUCAUUGAUCUUAUAAUUACCUGAAAUAUAUUUUGUCUCCGAAAGACUAUAUACUUAAAAUUGACGACAAAAUUAAAUAAAUAAAUAAACGAGAGAUUUACAAUAUUAAGUGUUUUGGCAAUAAUUGUUAAAUAUAAUGGAUUUGACUCAAUAUAACACACGUGUGGUUCAAGAGCCACGAGGGAUGAUCCGAAUCAUUACAUUGAUCUUUGCGAUCUUGGCUUUUGCCACGACAUCGGGCUUCGACACCAUCACCUCAUUUACCAUGACGUGCACUAAUAUGACUGGAGAAGCUGUGAAACCAUAUUUUAAGGAUAAAAUUAAUUUUCCGGUUGAAUAUCCAUUUAAAUUUGAUGGCAGACAGAUCAAGGCCUGGAAGAGUUGUGCYAACAAUGUAACUGAAGGCCGACAAACACAGGACUAUCCGAUGGAUUUUUCGAGUAGCGCUCAGUUCUUUGUGGCGACCGGUGUGUUGGGCUUUCUUUACUCAACCGGAUGUCUUGUUCUUUAUAUAUUUGGUGGUCAGCAUUACGAGAGUAAUCCAUUGUUAGCAGUGUUAGACUUAGCGGGAACCGGUAUUUUAACGUUAUUUUGGUUGGCGGGUGCCUGCGCUCAUGCGGCCGGUGUUAGCGAUAUCCGUUACUAUACAGAUCCCGAUUAUCUAAUGWCUCACUUAGAGUUUUGUAAGUCUCCCAACUCGGAUGAGAUCGACAACUCCUACAGAGGCGCCUGYAUUAAAAACAAACCGGGAAAAUGGACUUCACUUAAUAUAUCACUCAUUUUUGGUUUUGCAAAUAUAUUUUUAUGGGCGGCCAGUAUGUGGUUUGUCUAYAAAGAGACUCAAUUUCAUCGAAAACAAAUCCCCGGCCAAAUGGGUCCACCCGAUGGUCAACAGCCAGGUUUUGGUCAAUUCGGCGACCAAAUGAGUGGCCAACAAAUGCCAUCACAAACACAAUUUCCACAACAGAGACAGUUUGCCGACGGGUAUUAGGCAUUGAAAUAGUAAUACAUUAUUGGCAUAAAUUGAUGUUUAAAGCCUUUUUUAUGUCAUUAGAGUUUCGGUGAAAUUAUAUUUUMAUUGUUUUUUAUUUACAAAAUGUAUUAUUUUUAUAUUUAUUAUCGGUAAUUGUAGUAUCACUUUGUUUGUUACUUAUACSCACUAAUAUUUAUU